AUGUCGGAGGAACAUAUUUCUUCGUCUCACAGCUUCCAUUCAUACGCUCCAUACCUGCUAAAUGAGGUGCCGGAGUCUCAGCGACUAUCCGAGCUUCGGCAUAAGGGUUGGGAAAAUCCGGCGGGUGACCGGUUCUUCGAACAGCAGCGUCAAACAGCAGAUAAUGCUGAUAAGAAAACAGCCAAUCAUUUCUUCAGAAUGAUGAAAGAAAUAGGACAUGACAUGCAACAACUUACAGAUGUUUUCCGAGUCAAUAGCCCUUAUCUGGACAAACAACGUAUCCUUGACAUGUGCAUGGCACCGGGAGGCUUUCUUGGAACAGCAUUGCGGGUUAACCCCAAAGCCCGAGCUAUAGGAUUCAGCUUAACAAGGAGUGAAGGAGGUCACAAUGUCCUUCUACCUAAACAUCCUACUAUUUCGGUGAAGUUCAUUGACAUCACCCUGUUGGCUGCGGAUAUGGGCCGGUUGGAUAUCCCGAACGAUCAUCCAGAUGCAGGAAAAUUCUUACGCCACCACGACAAAGCCACCUACCGUGAACAUCGAGAAGCCAGCAGGCUGGCCCUGACACAGCUGGCGCUUGGAUUGGAGCAUGUCAAGCUGGGGGGAACCAUGAUCGUUCUUCUUCACAAAGUCGAAUCUCCACAUACCGUACAAUUACUGUAUACAUUCACAACUUUUGCCUCAGUGCAACUGUACAACCAUACCAGGUUCCAUGCCAAACGAUCUUCGUUCUAUAUGCUUGCAACCAAUAUCCGGAAUGAUUGUCCGGAUGCAGCCGUGACAACCCAAGGGUGGAAGAGAAUGUGGGAAAUUGCAACGUUCGGGACGGACGAUAUGUAUAGUCAAGCGCUUCAACACAAUGUUCCGGACAUUGAUCUCCAUAUUUGGGGUAUCCAAGCAGAUGCGCUGGCAAGAGCUCCUUUCCGCAAGAACAGUGUGUCUUUUUGA